CCAUUCCUGUAUCAUCUCACACCAAGGUGUGAUGGUGCUGAACUCCGCCCACUCCAGUUUCAAUUCUGAUACACUGCAAGCCAUCUACAACCAGCUCAUCAUCUUUCUCUCAGGGCCUGAGCUGAUCAAGUGCUACACUAAUCAGAGUUUCUACGCUUUCCUUAAAUCAUACUUCAGAGGCUUCCAGUUUCCUUCUCUCUCCACUUUCCUGUCUCUCAUUCCACCUGGACGCAAGGCAGAGUUUCUGAACUCCAUGUCUCCAGCUGAGCUAUCUGACCUCCUGAAUAACAGCAGCACUGUGGACCAAAAUCAACUGUGUGAACUCUUCAACAACUACAAACAAACAGAGAACUACCUGCAAAGUGAGCCGGUUUUGUCACCAGCUUUGGCUGGCCAGACGCUGACGUGUGUGUGGCCUCAAGCUAUCUAUGCCUCAUCUCAGACCGAUAUAAAUAGAUGGUUUAAUGUCACGCUAGUCCAGUACUUGCCGUACCUCAGCUCUCAGAUGAUCAGCUCUACCCAGAUGGGUGGAGUAUCUUGCAUGGCUUUCAGCAAAUUCGUGUUUCUGUUGGGAAAUUAUAACUUUAGCACAGCAGGUUUUACCAAGAAAGACGUCUACACCACCAUUCAGUCCUACCUGACCACAGAAAAUGCACCCAAAUGCUACGACCCCACAGACCCCACGCUAAACUCCACUGCCUGGUUCUAUCAGUACAUUGGCGCCUUCAUCACCUUCAUCACAGUGGAAGACUUGCAACAGUUUGGAGGGUUAAAGCUGGAGCAGUUCACUUCAAAUGCACAGAACCUUGAACUGUUCUCAAAGUACAACGUUAGCCAAGACGUCAUCACUCUCUACACAGAUAUGCUGUUUGCUGUUGACCAGAGGAUCAGCAUUAAACUUCUCCCCCUACAGUUGUGGUGUUCUGCUCCGGCAAGUGCAUUUUCAAACCUGUCUCAGAGUGAUGCAGUGAGCAUCAUCAAAUCUCUACAAUAUCAGUGCACAGACAUAGACCCUACUGUAUCUGCUGCAUUAGCAAGUGAUGUGAACAUCCUGACAUCAGAUGGAAUUUUGGCUUUGGGGAACUCCAUCACUGGCCUCAGUGUUGGUCAGAUUACAGAUUCCCGCCCCUCUGUCCUGCUCUCUACCCUCACUUUUCUCAGUUCCGUGGUUGGCUGGAGCGAGAGCCAGGCCAUGGCAAUCGUCCAAUCACUGCUCUCGUCUGGAUUGUUCAAGAUCACCUCAGUUGAAUCGUUGCAGCUUUUGGGCAGUCUGUUGAUCGGUGUUCCAUCCACACUGUUCAACUCCAUCUCAGCAUCUUCACUGCUCACAGCCCUGCAGUCUCAGACAUUCCUAAAUAACAUUGUCAGCACUUCCAUCACCACACAGCAGAUCAUUGUCAGCCAGGUCAUCUCAGUGAACUCCAACCCUGACAUUGUAGUACAGAAUGUACCUGACAACAUGGCGCAAUUGAUUCCUCGCUCAUCGCUGUUGUUUCUGUCUCAGCAAAUGGCAACAACCCUCAAUCAAAAGCAGUGGACCUCAAAUCAGGCCAUGCUGUUCUUUGACACAGUGGCUGAACAGUUCAACAACGCAGACAAUAUCUCGUUUCAGGUGUUGCAGGGCUUUACCUGCACACGUGUUCAGAGCUUUAACACUCUGAAGGUGAAAAACCUGAUCAGAGGCUGCCGGCGCCGUGGCAACAAUAAAGUCACCCUCCAGGAGUCACAGCUGACCUGCAUGAACAACUACAUAAGAAGCGAGACUGUGACAGCCUUUACUGAUUAUCCUGCAGACAUGCUGCUCUACUAUAAUCUCUCACAGGUGCAGCCAUCUAUAUGUCGGUCGUAUUACUCAGCACUGAGUGAAGCGGACUUCAGUUUGUUCUCCGCAACGCUAGCUUACAGGAGAGAUGAUCUGUUCAGGAAUGCUCGUCAGUGCCUUGGUGUCUCGGGGUUGAGUGUGAGUCAGUCACAGCUGGACGUGAUGGGACAGAUGGUCUGUGUGUUUAACAGCUCAUACAUCCUCAACUCAGAUCCAUAUGUACUGGAGAAGCUCAAACUGUGUUCAACCCUCACAGCAGGGCAGAGCAGCUCUGUCGAGACUGUCCUGCUCAGAGGGAACACAGUUUACGGCGCUCCAGCCAGUUGGAAUCAGACCACGCUGACCUCUUUAGGUGUCCUGCCCCUGUACCUGACCUCCAACUUCUGGUCCUACUUUACAAAGAAAGAAAAGGUGGAAUUUCUCCGAGUGUUUGUUCCUGGGAUGAAGCAGAGAGGAAUGUCGAGACAGAGCAUCAGCACUUUGAUCUCUCAGGCAGGAAAAGCAUCUAUUACCAGGUCCAGCAGUUUGUUACGACUCAGGCGUGACACUGCGUGUACGGUAGGGGAGAUAACUCAGGUCCAGGCGAGCGACGCCUCUUUCCCUUUCGGCUACGAUGUGAACCAGUUUGAUGCGUGCCUCAGCGUUCAGACCCUGAAGGACAACCUGGCAGCCAUCACUGACAAGGCGACGGGAAGCGACUUCCAGACUGUCAUCCUGAAAAAACUCAACCAGGCAUACCCAGCAGGCAUCAGUGACGAAGUGCUGCAGGUUCUUGGCCCCGCCUCUCGUGCCGCUUCCAUUAGUGACAUCAGCAAGUGGAAUGUGACAUCCAUCAUGACCCUGGCAGCUCUAAUGAGGUCAUAUGAUGGAGCCUGGAGCUCAGAGCAGGUGAGAGCUUUAGUCAGCAUGUAUGUGACUGGAAAUCGAACUCUGGGUUAUUUAGAGCUGAAUGCACUGGGAGGAACAAACCUGUGUGCACUGGACAUUAACCUACUGAAGAACAUCAAAUCUAUCAGCCUGCAGCUUGCGAAUCCCCUCUCAGUGUCGAACUGCAGCUUGGAGAAGAAGCAGGUUCUCUUCAGCAUCGCUCAGAGCGCCUUCAGUGAACAAACACUGAACAAGAGCACCAGGGCCACCAGCACCAUCUCCACCAACACCUACCAACUUAUACAAUCAUACCUGAGUGGAGCUGAUAUUUCCUAUGUGCGUGCACUCUCCUUGUCCAACAUCAGCAUGGAAUUGCUCACCUUCAUCACACUGGACCAGAACGUCAUAAAUAACCUGACAGUAAGUGAGGUGCAGGGCCUGCUGGGCACAAAUCUGCCUGAUCUGAAGACGUAUGAGAAUAACCAGGUGGUUCACAGCUGGAUUACACAACAGCUGCAGUCUGAUCUAGACACGCUGGGCAUCGGCCUCACGGGGGGACGCGCCUUAACUCCAGUGACUGCUAAUGCUAACACUAAUACUACAGCUAGUGCUAAUACCACCGGUAUUGCUAAUGCUACCACAAUCAAGCCUACAAGUGCAGGUUCAGGAAUCUCGGCCUCCUCGGGGUUACAGAAGCUCCUCCUCCUUUUCCUCUUGGGUGUAACCAUGACAACACUGCAGCUUCUUCACUGAUUAUGACAUUAUCAUUAUUCUGUGUUAAUAAAUUAAACAGAAUGUAUUUAAUAUCCUGCACCUCCUGUUUACCUGUAGAGCCGUCUCACACUGUCUCACACUGUCUCACACCUGUCUCCUGCCCGUCUCACACUGUCUCACACCUGUCUCCUGCCCGUCUCACACCCGUCUCCCAGCUCAGUAACAAUCGAGUGUGCAGUGAUUGUAAGUGUGUGAUGAGACAUGACUCCAACAGGAAGAGGGAAUAUUUAUUGUGAAUGUGAUGAAGGUUUUCUUCUUUCCUCACUGUGGGUUUAGUGUCUGUGGGUUUUAUGCCCUGAAAUAUCAGUGUAGUGUUAUUACCUCAUUAUAACUCACACAGCUGUGCAUUUAUUUCCAUGAUUAUUAUUACUACUAUUACUAAUAAUAUUAUUACUAUUAAAAUGAUGAUCGGUAUGAUUACUUUUGUAACAGAUUCAUUCCUGAGCAGAAGUUAAAGCAAUGGGGUGUUGCAUUUAUGUGUCUGUAAUGCAUUCUGUCUAUUGGGACAAUGGGCAUGUGCAUGACGUGACGCCCCCCCAUGGUGGUGGUGCCAUCUGGCGACAUGCUUAGAAGUUAAAUAAAAAUUGUGCACUGUUCAGUAA